CUGGGUUCUUAUAUGAAGAAAAUGGCUAAGCAAAAUUCUCCAUCAUUAGUUGAAGUUGUAAAACAAGUAGCAGAACAGCAAUAUUCGCAAGCAUCAGAAAUAGAAAAAAGCAAAAUAGUUCUUUCUCAGUUACAGGCUGAGCUUCAAGAACUUGAAAAACAAAUGGAGUCUACUUUAUUAGAAACAAAGGCAACAGAAAGGCAAAUUUAUCAGCAAGAUGAUGACAUAGAAACUACAAAAUAUCACUAUGAAAGUCUGGAGUCCCAAGUGAGAUCCCUGUAUGCUGAAAAGAUAAAGCUGAAACUUGACACGGAAGCAGCACAAGAAGAAUUUGAGAUGAUGCUUGCAAGAAAUGGUGCAUAUCAUGAGAAAAUAAUGGCUCAUAAAGAGCGUUAUUGGGAAGCAGAAAGCAAAAUGCCAGUUAUGCUCGAACUUGCUAAAAAACGAGACAUGGUUAAAGAGCUAAAGACAAAGAAAGAAGAAUUAAUGAAUGACCUCCAGAAUCCUGAAGGACAAGUUAUAAAACAAGUGCAGGAAGAAAUUACACAUUUAAUAGAGGAAGUUACUAUAGUAAAAGAGUCUAUCAAUGAAAAGAAAAAAAUGCUUGAAGAAGAGAAAAAAGUGCAUGCUAAGCUUAGAAAAGAGAUUGAGGUACAGAAUAAAAGAUGUGAUGCUAUUCUAAAACGUUUGCAUUGCCAACUGAACAAACUCCAGUCGAACAGAAGACAGUGGCACUGGAAUAUUCAACAGAUGGAAAAAAAGGCAGCUGAAUUAAGAAAGUGUCUUGGAGUAACAGAGUGAUAUAUAGUACAGUACAAUAAAAUGCUCAGCAAUUUAUAACAUAUGUCAUCCUUUAUAUAUAACAGGUGGUUGUUGGAAAUAAUCCCUUGAACCUUGGACUAAGGAUGAGUGAUUUUUCCUGCUCUGUGCCCUAGAAUACUUUGUGUUCUGUGCCAACUUUAAUGGCCUAAAGCAAUGUUCUCUUUUGUUCAUGGGGCCAGUGACUUCUCAGGAAGGAAUUUAUUACAAUUCCCAGACUGCUUUCAAAAUCAUCUACCAACAUUUGCAAAUCCCUUAAGACCAUAUAAAUUUGGAAAGUUCCUUUUUGUUUGGUUGGAUUUUUUUAAUAUUUUUUUUAGAUCAAGUUCUGCAUUGUUUUUCACUCUGGGAAAUUUAUAUGA